GACAUUUUCAGUCAUGUCUACAAAGUAGAAUGAAGGCACUCUUGAAGGUCAAAGAUGUGUGUGUCUCUUUUAUCCUGAGGGCUAUGUAAAUUCAGUGACAGCUUCCUGUUCAAUGGAACCAUAUCUUCCUGCUCUUCUUCUGCACUCCAAAACUCAAAGAUUGUGUCCUUGUCUGAAUGUUCUCCCAUCAAUAAGGUUCCUCCAACCUUUUGAAGAAGCAAUAAUGGCACUCUGGCUGAACCUCCUGUCCUUGCUAGUUGUCCUCAGAGGUGUCCAAUCUGAGGUUCAGUUGGUGGAGUCUGGAGGGGAUGUGAGAAGACCUGGGGAGUCCCUCCGUCUCUCCUGCCAAGCCUCUGGAUUCACCUUUAGCUACAACUGGAUGAGCUGGGGGAGACAGGCUCCGGGGAAAGGACUUGAAUGGGUGGCAAGCAUACACUAUCAUGGUGAACGUUUUGACUACUCAGACAACGUCAAGGGCCGCUUCACCAUCUCCAGGGACAAUGUCAAAAGCCAGCUGUAUCUGCAAAUGAACAGCUUGAGCAUUGAAGACACAGCAGUCUAUUACUGUGCAACAACCACAGUGAGAGGAAGUAUAUGUGAAGCCAUACAAAAACUGUCUUUUCACAGAGCAAUUCUGCAGAAUUCUUUUCUAAUAAUAAAAAAAACUUUAUUAAUUCAGAUUCUCCCUUCUUCUUAUCAUUCUGCACUUCAACCCUUCAUCCAUCCUGUCUAUAGGACUGAUCUUUUUUUUCCAUUUUUCUCAGGAACUGGCUGCAACAUCAUUGUCAUGGACAAGGAUUUAGAGAUACAGUGUCCUGGUAGUUGGAUUGAUUAA